AUGGGGAAUUUCUUCUCGAAUAUCUUCAACAGCCUGUUUGGGCAGAAAGAACUUCGGAUUCUGAUUUUGGGUCUUGACGGCGCCGGAAAGACAACGAUCCUGUACCGCCUUCAGGUCGGCGAAGUCGUCACAACUAUUCCCACCAUUGGCUUCAAUGUAGAAACUGUAUCGUACAAAAAUUUAAAAUUUCAAGUUUGGGAUCUCGGAGGACAAACUUCAAUCAGACCUUACUGGAGAUGUUAUUAUUCAAAUACAGAUGCAAUUAUUUAUGUGGUGGAUUCAGUGGACAAGGAAAGAAUCGGAAUCUCGAAGAAUGAGAUGGUCUCGAUGUUGGAAGAAGAGGAACUCAAGAAAGCAAUCUUAUUGGUCUUUGCGAACAAACAAGAUAUGGAAGGUGCGAUGUCUCCAACAGAAGUAGCGAAAGAAUUAGGUUUAGCUGCGCUAAGGGAAAGAAAAUGGCAAAUCUUCAAGACAUCCGCCGUGAAGGGCACUGGGCUCGACGAGGCAAUGGAGUGGCUCGUAGAAGCGCUCAAAUCGCGACAGUAG